AUGUCGGAACCUCUGAGCAAAGUCGACUCCGCCGUCGAGGGUCUGUCUUCCUCCCCGCCCAAGAAGGAGGGCCGUAGAGCAAGCUCCCUCGCGGCCGGUGUCAUGAACAUUGAGGACCUGCGGGAUAACAAGACUUCCAUUGAAGUCGCCAUUGAGACUCAAAAGACAGGAUGGAAGAUCAACAGUUCCUCCAGCACAGUGGAGGACAAAGACAUCCUGAAGAAGCACUUGACGACGCCGCCCGUCAAGAAGAUUGACCUCGAGUUCCCCACGGGCGUCACAGUAACAGCACGGAGUCUGAAGGGUGUAACCAUCAAGGACACACUGGAUGCCAUUCACAAGCAAUUCAAGAAGCGGGCGGACGAUGAGCUCCCAGAGCCAUACCUGAAGGGCUUUGCAUGGGAUGGCCUCCGUCCAGGCAACACGGAAGAGGACACCAAGAACGAGUGGACGCGGCUGCACGUACACUUGACUACAACACCAACCACAGGCGGCGGCGGUGGCGGCGGCAAGAAGAAGAAGAACAAGGGUGGUGACGAAUAG